AUGGAAGAGACUUUUGAUUUGAGAAAUGAUGUAGAAUUGGCAACAUCAGUCUCUGAUAAGCAUCGCGACCUUCUGAGACCAUCUGCUCGAAGUUAUUCGAUUUUUAGAGGUCAGGCAGCAGAUGCUUCUGAUCAUGAUAGAGGCAAGUAUGCUCUGAUUCGAGACCCAGAGGACCUCCAAACUGGACUUUAUGACAAACCUCUUCCGUGUUUUGGAUGCGGAAUUGGAUGGUUCUCAUUUCUUGUUGGAUUUCUAUGUCCACCUCUGUGGUACUAUGCAACUAUUCUCUAUUUUGGAAAUUACUAUAUGAAGGAUCCUAGGGAACGUGCGGGAUUGGGAGCCUCUGCAAUUGCUGCUUUAAUAUCCUCUGUGGCAUUGCUUAUCAUAGGAGCUAUUCUUCUGUUGCAUUCACUCUGA